CGUCCCCUCCACCCAGCCCGGCCGACUCCCCGUGCACGGCCGGGCGGGCGGGGUCCCCGCGGAGCCUUUUCCUUGCUGAGCCGGCGUGGACCGGCCCGCCUUCUUCCCGCCCUCCCGGAGCAGGCAGGCGGCGCUGGAGGGAGCCCAGCCCCGAGCGGACCCCGCUUCCCCCGUGGGAGCCGCGGGGCUCCAGGGCCUCCUGCGGCGUGGCAGUUAGCAAUGCAGAGCCCCAGGUCGAGUCAGGACCCGGUGCGAUGGCGCUAGAACCCCAGAGGCGGUGGUGUAGACGAGAUGGCGUCCCCCUGGCGGGCGCCUGGGACACUGAGCAGAAAGAACCAGAAGGGAGGCCGUCCCCGCCGCCAGGGAGCGCGCAGACGGGCCGCGCUCUGCGCUCCCGCAGAUUCGCACAGCCCUCUCGGAAAGCAGUUUGCAAACGUCUAAGAACGCAGAUGUCCGUGUCGCGCUGCCCUUAACUAGCCCUCGCCUCUAGAAGUGCAUUCUAAGGAAAUGAGUUCAUGAACGAAGGUAUCUUGUUUGCAAAAGCAGCCGCUAGCAUGCUGCCCAGACACCCUUCGGCGGGGACCUGUUUAAACCCCUCUUGGUCCCCCGUCCCAUGGGAUGCUCCGCAGGACCGAGCACAGGGCUGCGGAACGCGCCUGUGUCCGGCUAGGUAUCGGGUGCGCGGCUGCUCUGCUGUGAGGCGUGAGCGCGCAGUUGCGCGGCGGCCUCGGGAACCCACAGCCCACAGGGGGAGCGAGAGGAAGCACAGUCACAACUCCGUCGGAGAGCGGAGGAGAGGGAGCCUGGGGAGAGAUGAGAGGAACAGGGUGGGGGCCUGUGGACAGGGCAGCAGGGGGCCAGACAGCAGGCACCCAGACAGACAGCACCCAGCUCGGUGCUUGGUACACAGUCAGGUCCAUUAAGGACGAAACUAUCUUUGGAAAUCAGAAGGAAGUUCUGUGGGAUGUGUGAUGCCACCCUGCCUUUUCUCAGGUAAGCUCUCAUUAUUCCUACCCUACAAGUGUCCUUGGCAUGAGGGUCAUGGUAUCACUUACUUGCUUUGCGGAGUUGAUUCGAGGAUUGAUCAACUGAAAGCGCAUGAUGGAUGUUGGCCGUUGUCAUCCUGUUCUCUGUGUCCGCAGAGGGGCUCCCACCUGACCAGGAUGCAGAGCUUCCUGACUCUGCUGAGGAAGCAUGAGGGCACCUGCCCGCCCCCCGCGGAGCUGGUGACCCUCGUAGGCAGGCUGUGCCGGGACCUCCAGGAUGACCUGGCGCGGGCGCAGCCUUUGGUGGCGGCCGUUCUGGACAGCCAGCUCCGCCUGUACCUCCUGGACAAUGCAGACGUGGCCCUGGUGUGCGCGCGCGUCCUGGAGCAGCAGGAGCAGCAGCAGGCAGCCUGCCGGCUUCUGGAGGGGUGCCGGGUGCCAGGAGGCAGCCAGGAGCUGGUGCAGCUAUGGAACGACAUCCACUACCGCCUGGCCAUGAAGAGGCUGGGCGUGGCUGUGCUGACGCCGGUGCAGAAGUUCCGCUGCAGGAAGAGGAACCCCCCACCCCCCUCGCUCUGCCCAGAGGGGCUGAAGAGCCGGAACUUCCCCAGAGAGGUUCGACAAAAGCUGCACAACUUCGCUUCCAGGGUUAGCACCAACCCCUCCAAGGCUGAGAGGGAGAACCUGGCUUUGGAGACGAGCUUGACCACUGAGCAGGUGUACAACUGGUUUGCCAAUUACCGGCGGCGUCAGAGGGCCCUCACUCAGCACACGGAGCCAGCUCAGAAGGCCACAGCAGAAGACCCCAGUGUAAGAGAGAGGCGUCCUGACGCCCUGCAGCCCUCAGGAGACCCCCAUGUUGACUCUGGGUUUGCGGACAGGCCUCAGUGGUCAGAGGGACAUGAGGAAAAUGGGCCCCCACAGUCUCCAGAGAGUACCCAAGGGCCGUGGGAGCCGCUGGCCUUGGCCCCGGACUUUUCUGGAGAUGAGACAAUCUCGAAGCCACUGGCUCCCAGGUCUCUGCAGGGCGGAGAGAUGUACCAGGAGGGGAUCAGCCACAGUCCUGCAACCCUCCCCUCUAUCUGCCGUGGGCCUGGCUUCUGCCCUCUGGCUGCUGGCAGCGACAUGCUGGACCCCUCUCUGGCUGCCCCCGAAUCGUGGCUGAUGUCCCUUGCACUGGCAUCCUCCAAGGAAGUUUCCUUCCAGACUGAACAGCUGGUCCACGGUCAUGGACUGGACUUCAUGAUGUGCCCUGCAGACACCGCUAUGACUGUGUCCAUUGCCACCCUUGGCAAUCCCAGCCCUACAGGAUUUGCUGACCGGCCCAGCAGCAUUCCCCAGAGCACGCACCUGGAGGAGAGUCCAGGCACAAGCAGGGGACAGGCAGAGCCUCAGGCUGGCAGCUUCCUGGUGACACAGUCCCCGCUGCAGGCUCCGGGAUUCAUCCUCACCCAGAGCCCUCCAGAGCUGGCCACGGCCCCAUCUACCUUCACUGGCCCUGUGUCUGCCAUGGAGCUGAGCCAGCCUCUGCCCACCAGCCAGGUGCAGUGGCCUGACGGCCAGGACUCCUGCGAUGCCUUCUGGGGAGCCAGGAUGCUCCUUGAGUUCUCAGGGGGCAGCCUGGGCUGAGCUGUCCCUCGGGGGUCAGGCCAGCAGCCCAGAGAAGCAGAUAUGGCUUAUCUGGCCUUCAACACAGAGCUUUAUCCUGAACAAAACACGGAGGUCCCCAGAGUCCCCCGAGGGGUUCUGCUGAGAAGCAUUGAGAGAUUCCUAGCCCCCUGCCACUUGUAGUUUUGGUGGCAGCUCCUUGUAACGGAAAGGGCAUUUGAGAAUUGUUCGUGAGAUUGGAAGCCGGAGGUGGGUCUGUCCAGCAGCGGCAGGUGAGAGUCCAGCUCCUGGGCAAGUUUGAGCAGCAGAGGCCUUUCUACAGAGAAGAGGGUGUUCCACUGCUGGCUGCCCUCCCGCCUGCCCACGCACAAGGCCAGACUUCUCUACCUGGUUAACUCUGGGAGGGGGUCUCGGGAAGUGUCCCGACAUUUCUGUCAGUCAGGCUUCUCCCUGGAGUGCUGGGAAGCAAGCCUGGUUGGGGACGGCCCAGGCAGGGGGAACAGGGUGGCUUUUCCCACAGGUUGUAAUUCAUUGUGUUUGGGAAACAAAUGUUUUCAAUAAAAGUUUAAUAUUUUGGACUCCCCUCCUUUACUCACUUAACUGUCCGUGUCAAAGUAUAGAGGUUAAUGACAGCCUUGGGUAGCAUUUCGUGAUGGGUGAUGCAUUAAUUCACGCAUCAGCACUCUGUCGUUGGACCUUGGGACUGUUUCUAAUGUGUGUUUCAUAAGCAGCAGUCGGGUGGGCAUCCCUGUCCUCUUCCCUCCACUCCUUACCUGGCUGUCUCCUCAGGAUAAAGUCCUGGAAGCUGAAUUUCUUGGUCAGUUGUGGGCCCAGGGGUGGACUGUGGAUUCGGGGGUGUCUGUGAAUGGCCCUGUGUUUGCCUGCCCAUCUCAGAACAGGGCCAUGUGUGUGCUGGGCUGGGGUCAGCAGCCCUUGACCCAGAGGAACCAGACCCUGGCCCUUCCCUCAGGAGUUGUGAAGCUGGCCUGUGAGACACAGGCACAGAGACUUUCCUUCCUGUAGGCUCAGCCUACGGCUGGGGGACCCAGGGUUGGCGGCAGGGGAAGCAAUGGCACAGCCUCACAGUCCUGCAUCUGUAGGCCAUCACACUGCUCACCUGUGGCCUGGUGUGUCCCUGAAAAUCCGAGGGCCAUGAGGAGAAGGAGGGCACUGGGACCAGCUUCCUGGGGCUCUAUCUCCGAAGACAUGCUGCUAGUAGGGUGUGCAGAGUGUAGGGGAUAGCCACCAGCCUACCUGGCACAGCAGCUCUAGGGCCCCCACAACCACCACCAGGCCAGCUUCCCCAGACUCAGAGGGCAGCAGCAGUGACUACUGUGCCCUGGGCUACGGCAAGGGAUGCCACCCCUUGGCCCUCCCAGGAAACUCACAAAGCCCUGGGCCCAUCCCAGCCUUGGCCUGUGCCCUUUCCUGUGACCAGCAGGACCCAGAGACCCAACAAGGAGGAGCCUGGGCGACAGCUGGUCACAGAAGUACAGUCUGCAUGAAGACCCCCAGUGCAUUGUGCUCCCUCCUGGCCUUGGCAGGCAAUGGGCCCAGACCUGAAAUUUCUAGAAGGCUGACUGAGUCAGCUGCAUCCUGUCCAUUUUGAAAAUGGACUAAAGUCUCUGGAGCUGACCUUGGAUUUGGUGAUGAAUUUUUAGAUACAAUACCAAAAACCAUCCUAUGAAAGAAAAAAAUGGAUAAUGCAGACAACUGAAAUGUCUACUCUGUGAAAAAUCCUGUUGAGAAAACAAAACAUAAGCCACAGGUUGAGAGAAAAUAUUUGAUAAACACAUCUGAAAAAUAACUUGCAUGCAAAAUACACAAAGAAACUAAGACUCAACAAGAAGACAACUAAAUUUAAAAUGGAUAAAGAAGCCAGGCAUGGUGGCUGCAUCUGUAGUUCCAGCU